AUGGAAAGAUUGUAUGAACUCAUCAAGCGUCUCAACCAAUACCCUGAGCCAAAAAAAAAAAAAGAAAUACAGUUCCCCACGGCUGUUGGGACGGCUGGAAAAGGAAAAACCACAUUUUCUCGACGAGCAUAUGAAAAUUCAGAAGUAUACAAUAAGGUUGUAAAAUCCGAAAUAAAAGAAUGUCAGAAAGCGGGUCGGAAUUUCCGAAUUGCAUGUGAUGAUUUAUCAGAUACAGAGCUUAUGGAGAACUUUGAGGCAUCUUUGGGAAAAAUUUUGUUAUAUGAGGCUUUGAAAUAUCGGCUGAAUAGAUUUACUUUCGAGAGCAUUCUUGAUGUAAUUCUACAUUAUAUUCCGUGUUCAAAUAAUAAGAUUAAAACCCCUCUUUUAUCAUCAACAUCGACGAGACAAAUGUAUUGUUUUGACUUACAAAAUGAUAACUGGCUUAGGUCUCUUGCGAGGUCAAGUAAUGCAAAAACUGAAGACAUAUCUUUACCACUACUCAAAUCCGAAGUUAUACUUGAACUAGCCAACUGGGGAUUAACGGUUAAUAAGACAGAAAGGAUCAAUGGUCUCUCUGAACAUCUGAAAUACAUAAUUAAGCUACUUGGUGUUGUGAUUUUCCAAAUGAAUGUUAUUUGUUUGGGUGUUGCUAAUAAUAAGGGUGUAUUUGGUAACACAUUCUACCAAAGUGGAUUACGUUACUUCUUGCAAAAAUGUCAAUAUGAAUCAGGCCGUUGCAAUGAGCCUCUCAUGAGAACGAAACUACACAUUUGUGAAAAAUAUCAUAACUUAGAACACUUCAGAUCAAAUGAUAGCCGCAAAAUAAUUCCCUUCUUGAUGGCAUACACUUCGUUUGGAAUUUGGACUCAUUAUCUCGAUGGAAAUAUGAGGCUCAAGCUUCCAUUUCUCACUUUUCAUGAGAUCUACUCUCAGCGGAACUCUGAUAUGCUUCCAUCUAUCAAGGUCCUCGAGUCCCUAGACGAUGCGACCUCAUCGGAUCAAAAUGAAAGUAAGAAAAGAUCAGGAAGAUAUGUUAUUCAAGUUUCACCUAAACAGAUCAACGAAAAAAACUUGACCAAAGUUGUUAAUGACAUUAACAUUAAAAACCAGUCUACACCAAAAUGUAUUGCCUACCACAACUUGCAGAAUGUCAAAUUCCCUGACUCGUUCUUGCUUACAGACCCACCUAUCCUCAUCCAAGGCAAGCAACUAGUGACUAGUCGUAAGAAUGUGAUUAAAGGCUAUUCAUCAAAGAUUUUAGAUAAAGGCCUUGUGGAGAAAGAGCAUAAUAAGUGUAAAAAAGAGCAUAAUAAGUGUAAAAAUAUCGGAAAACAUAUCUUCCUUUUUGUCACUUAUUCCAAAAAGCGUAAUGACGAGACAUAUGAGAAAAAUGAGAUUUUAAUAGCGGAUAAGGAAAAAAAAAGUAUUUGA